CACCAUCUGCGCUGCGCUUCGCCCUCUCGAGUCCAUCGUCGCUCGAGAUCCGUCGUCGUCGUCAUCACCAGCAGCAGCACCAUCACCAGCAGCACCAGCGAGUUAGCGAUGGGGAAGAGGAAGUCGAGGACCUCCAAGCUGACGGCGAAGCCCAAGAAGCAGCUGGAGACCGACUUCACCUGCCCCUUCUGCAGCCACCCGGGCAGCGUCCAGUGCGACAUCUUUCUCAAGGAACGCCGGCCGUUCGCCGUGGCGUCGUGCAGCAUAUGCACGGAGUCCUACGCCACCAAGGCUCACGCGCUGACGGAGCCCAUCGAUGUCUACAGCGAGUGGAUCGACUCAUGCAGGGAAGCCAACGAGGGCGUCGUCGCCCCCCGGCCGCACCUUGACGGCGAAGCCAAGAGGAGGAGGAAGACCCAAGACGACGGCUCAUGAUCAUUCUUGCAGUUGCAGAUCCCCGUCUCCUGCUUUUUAUGCAUAUGUCGUAGUUUUUUUUUCAUUUUGCUGGAGCCCGAAAUUGGUCUGAAACUCUGAAUUAUCCUUUCUCGU